UUGCAAAUCAUAUCUUAACUGUGCCGUGAUGUGGUGCCGCGUUAUCGAAUAGCGUUAUUUUUGCGAAUCUAUGCUGCUGUCGUGUCUGUUUCGGGCUGGCUGUGGCGCAUAUCAGCACAUUCCAUCGAUAGCGGUCCGUUUUUUCGUUGUUGGUUCAGCAGCUGUCACACGCAUUUUCCCCGCAUCGGAUACAGCUACGCUGGUACGAAAAUGGAAUUAAUGUUGUACGUGUGUGACACGGUGACGGUACGGAACCUGUUUGCGGACGUAAUCUGCUUGCGCGCGCUUUCGUCCUGUAAUCGCUAAGGACCUCCACUUCGUUCCACUCGGUGUCGGUGGUGGUUGUGGAGGAGGUGAGGUAUUUUCGAGCGGGAACAAGGAAUGGAGCGUGAUGCCACCCCGAGACGCCAAAUGGCAAAUGACGUCGCAGAGGGUUGAACAAAAAGGGCGAAAAAAAGUUCCAACGUAAUUGUUAUUGUCAACAGUCGUUGUAACAGUGUGUCAUAUAAACCUGGUAUAUGGUGUAAUCCAAACCGUAAAAGGGGGGUUUCGAUUCUACCCAGAGUGCGGCCGCACCGCGAAAAUCACCUCUCUGGCGGCUGCAAAGUGCAAAGAGCUAAAAAGUAAACAAAGAAAAACAAAACAUCACACCAACUCCGGGAGUAAAUUCAAUACAUUCAGUGGUGCCACAACAGAUGAACGAACGAUGACGGAAUUUUGUGACGACGUUAUCAAACUGUUUCCGCUGCGUGCGAUUCCGGAUGUGAUAAAACUGUUCCGCCAACAGCUGAACAAUCGCGAGGAGGAACCGGACCUUACGCUGCUGUCGAUCGUUACCGGAUUGAUCGAGCAUUCGCUCACGACGAAGGUGCUCGAAUCGACGAGCUCCUCAUCGUCGUCCUCGCACAAUAAUAAUAACAACAAUAACAACAAUGGCGAGGGAGGAAAGAACGCCACGGCGGACCCGGCUGGCAACUUUCCCGUCAUCCGGUACGACACCGUGGAAGGUCUGUACAAGCGAUUCAAAUCCGUGCUGGCACCGAUCGAGAAGCUGCUAGUGAAAACGACGACCGAUUCCAAGUUUGCCAGUCGCGAAAUUAUCAAGAAAGUAUCCGACAUCAUCUGGAACUCGUUGCUGCGAAGCUCGUACAAGGAUCGGGCCCAUUUACAGAGCCUCUAUAGCUACUUGUGCGGCAACAAGCUGGACUGCUUCGGUGUUGCCUUUGCUGUCGUGGCCGGAUGCCAGAUGCUUGGCUACCGGGACGUCCAUUUGGCCAUCUCCGAGGACCAUGUGUGGGUCGUGUUUGGCAAGACGGGCGAUGAAACGAUCGAGGUAACGUGGCACGGCAAGGGAGCGGAGGAUAAACGAGGCCAAUCGGUUGCCCCGGGCAUUGAGUCACAAACGUGGCUUUACGUGGCGGGCAAUCCGGUCGUUUGCAAUCGAUACAUGGAAGUUGCAGCGAUUGUGUCCGCCAUUAAUCCAUCGUUGACGGCCACCAGUGCAUGUUUGGAGGUGGCCGAUUUACAGCAACAGCUACUCUGGCUCCUACACGAUAUGGGACAUUUGAAGAAAUACCCAAUGGCGCUUGGUUGUCUGGGUGAGCUGGAAGAGGUCGAGCCAACACCGGGGAGGAAAAGCUGCGAGGAACUGUACAACGAGUCAGUACGAUCGUCACAAAUGUUUUACCGGAACCAUCAUGUGUACCCGUACACGUACCAGGGCGGUUACUACUAUCGAAAGAAUAUGUAUCGGGAAGCAUUCGCAUCCUGGGCGGACAGUAGCGAUGUUAUUCGGCUGUACAACUACUCACGGGAUGAUGAAGAAAUAUAUAAAGAAUUCCUCGAUAUUGCCAACGAGCUGAUCCCACAGGUGAUGAAGUUAGAAAGCUCCGGCCAUUCGGCGAAAAGUAUCCUGCGCGAUUCGUCCUGCUUUGCCAACCUGUUGCGCUUUUACGACGGCAUAUGCAAGUGGGAGGAAGGCAGCCAAACGCCUAUCCUGCAUAUCGGUUGGGCUAAACCGCUGGUAGCAACAAUAGCAAAGUUUGAUCACGACAUACGAUCGCAGGUAAUCAUAAAAUGUGCCGAUCAGGAACCACAAGCACAAACCGCCCUACAGCAUGGGCAGGAGAAUGGUGGCAAAAACGGAACAGACGAUACGGUGCAUCAUCACAACAACAACAAUAUCGCAAAGGCUGACGCGAACGUAACCAACGGAGGGCGCACAAAUGGUAGUACCUCCGUGAAAGGUAAUUCGCUACCGAAAUCACUCGAGGCACUGGUGGGCAAAUGUGGCGAGAAGCUGCUAAAUCCCGAAUUUCUACUGCAAGGCGGUGGACAACCAUUUACUACCGAAGAAAGUGCCGAACCAUCGUCUGACGGUGAGGGAAUUUGUACGACCGUAGAAACCAACAAACCGGCAAGCAACGGAAAACGUGACGACGGUGCUGUAAAGAUAAAGCAAGACGGGGAAGCUGAAAAAUGUACCCAGAUUAAUAAGCGAGACACGAAUGUGGACGACACGGAACCGAAACGACCCAUCAUUGUGCUGUACAGUCAGAAGAUGAAAGGUCUGAAGGAUCUGCUGCUGACGGAGAAGUUGAACACGAAUGCGAUCUCGCUACAAAUUACGGCCCAAAGCCAGGUGCAGGUAGGUGGAAAGAAACUGCGCGGAUGCCAGACUUCGCUCGGUGGCAGCGGUUCGAUAGGGACCACGGGUGGAGCGAUAACCGUCAACGAGGGAAUCGAUGGUAAUACCCGACCGAAAAGGGCGCGCAGAGAAUAGGACCUCUUGCAACCAGCAAAGCAUUACUUACGUUGGGCGGGAAUGGUUUAAGUCAACUCUAAUUUAUUAUCGUAUCUUUAGGGCGCCAAUCAAAAUGGUUCACUGCACACGCGUAUUUGUAAUUGCGCACCGCUUUUAAGCUGUACAUUUUUCCAAACUGUCCCCCUCAAAGUGGUUUUUUUUCGCGGGGGAGAAAAUUUCCAAUUUUGUCGACAAACUAUACAGCCAUUCCAACACACAAAACGACCGAUUCUAGUCGGAAUACUUUAGUUUUGUUCUAUUUAUAAUCCCUUUUUUGUUUUUGGUUACUUUAAUAUUAUCUGUUAUCUAUUGGGAAAUAACUCUUUUUUAUUUCUUUCCCUUUCGGUUCGGUUUGAAGAAUCAACACCGUUUGCGCGAUCGAUCCUCUGUAGCAUUAAAUGCACAUUAACGAGUGUAAGCUUUUUACGCAAUAGGCGACUUCUUCAUCCCACUGUAGGACAUACGUGUUGUUUAAAUUAUUUAACCUCAUUGCACCUGAUUUAGAUAUAUGUAUAAUGCUGGGCUAGUAUUGCUUUUUAUGUGAUUAUUUCCUAUCUGUUUGUUGUUAAAAUUAUAAUCUUUCUCUAUCAGGGGGAGGGGCGCGUUUGCUGAAUCGUGAUAUGAAGUGUAUAUAUGUCCACCAUGCUCUAUUAUAUCGAAAAUAUCAUUUUUAAAAAAGGUUUUUUUUUGCAUUGUUGUAUUGGGUAUGUUGCAUAGGGCAGGCCAUUUUCUGUUGUGUUUUUGUGCGGCUAGUAUGUAAAUGCGGGGCUUGGGAAAGGGUAGAAGCAUUAAGUUUUCUUUCACUUUUAAGUACACCGGGUUGAAAUGCCUAUGAGGCACAGCGAGAAGAAAAAAAAAACAGAAGAACCUGCAGGAGUAAUGUGUUUGUAGUGUGUAAGAGAGCAUCAACAAUCAAACAAUUUUUGCCACACGCUAUGCAAUAGAUCGUAAUCAAAAUAUGUUUUGUAAAUAUUUGCUAUAGUUUAUCUGGAGCUAGAUACAUAACUUAUUAUUCAUCGUCAUAUCGAAUUCUUGCAUUCUCUGCUGUGUUAUGGCCCAUCCAUAACGAAGGGGAAUAAUUUAAGUUUUUGUCGCCUGUUAUACGUUUCGCUUUGUUUUGGGACUUGUUGUUUGAAAAAAUUUAUACAAAAUCAGUCAAAAAAAAAGAUUAAUAAGAAAAAAAUCACUUCCCUAGGAGGUUGACAAAACGUCCAGUAGACGUUCUUUUUGCUGUGUCGUUUGAAUCCACAGGAAAUGGUUUGAGAUUGUAUUGGCAAAGCCAAUUAAGACGCAAACAGAAAACCUUAUGAAGUACGGUGCAUUAAUCAAUUUAAAAAAAAAACAUGAGAUCUAUUAUUUUUGGAUAUGGAUAAAGUUUGCAGAAAGUGCUAAAAUCACGCUACAUAAAGGUGUAUAAUUAUGUUACAACCAUAAGAUGAGUAAAGGGUCUCCUCACAUGGGAAACGGAGACGAUAAGAAAUAAUAAUUUUUAAUCAAACUAAGCUUACAAAAUGGAACAAUACCUUGGGGUUGCUUCAGUUUCUAUCGACACGAAUGAAAAAAAGAAGGCAUUUCUGCAAUGUUUCAUACAGGGCAGUAGAAAGCAAUAUCUUCCCUGAAAUUGUUAAACAGCCCCUCCCGAUCAUGUUGUGCAGUCAGAAUCGUACGGGAUUAAAAUGUCUACUACUAUCGAGAUAGUCAGUCAGCCAUCUGAAAGUCAGAUAGGGAACCCAACAACAAUUGUAGUACGAAAUGGGAAGAAAGUAAAACAGUUAUGCUGCUGCUCAACAGCAAAACAAACAAUCGAAAAUUGAAAGUACAAACAUCACUAUAACAACAACAAACAAAAAAAAAACACCCAUUAGAGAUAAAACACAGUGCUCACAGCAUUAAUUGCCCUUCCUAGCCAGUAGCGUGAAUCAACACACGAUUAAAACAAAUUCCAUCUCUUGUUCCAUAAGUAAUCUUACAAAAACUAAAAUAAACAAAACAACAAGUAGCAAAAUUUUCUUCAUUCAUCCUAGAAGACAAAACGCUCUCAGUACCUUUUUCGAUAUGGCGGGUAUUAUUAUAGGCAAGAAGAAAACAAAUCUGAUCUUUACAAAAUUAAGACAAGUAUUACAAAUUCAAAACCAUACAAAAUUAAACAAAUCAGGAGUCUAACAAAAAGGUACAACAAAUCUUCAAUGCAGUGUUUAGUCGGUGCGAAAAGCCCAAACACGCCAGGCCUCACUUUGGAAUGCCUUUUCUUCGUUUUUUUGUUUUUGAAGGUUUAGGGUUUUGGACUACCAGUUUAAGCGGCCACCCAAGGGUGCAAAGUACGCAUCGUAUUCACUAACAGUCAACUAAGAAUACCAAAAAUAUUGUAACAGAACUAUGAUCAACCCCCAGUAAAAUCGAUCGUACGUACCGAACGAAGUGAGUGAGCGAAAUGUGUUGGCAGAACGGACUGAGCUACAUUGUUGUUUUUUUUGAUAAGGUGUAUUUAUUGCAUUAACUACAAAAAGAGCUAACAUAGAAGGCAAAUAAGGCGGACAGGAAUCUAUCAAACAUGACUGAUGCGAACCUGAGCGCGUAUUAGGGAAGUGAUGGAAAGCGACGAUCCGCUUUUGUAGUAGAAAGAGAAUACAGUAUGACAAGCGGUAUAAUCGGGGGUAUAACCGUGCUAUGCGUGCUCUAAACGCAAACAGAAACAAAUAGCUGUUAGUUUAACUAUAUCAAAAGCCGAUACAGAUGGUCGGCCGAACAGUAAACGCUGAAUCAAAUGAAGAGAAAAAUGAAAAAAAAUGCUGUUAAAAUAGGAGGAACUGAGGCUGUUCUCUGGAAGGGACAAUACUUCCCUUCAUGCUGUUGGACACUCAUGUUGUUUGCGUUCAUUUCCUAUCUAUCGUUGUUGAUUGUUUGUAUUCACCGUAAUCAUGGCCAAUGGUACAAUGUUGAAAUAGCUAGAAAAAAAUAUGAAUAAGAAUUACAUUAAAAUGUCAUUGGGAAGCUGAAAAUUCAACGCCUAUUAUAGUAACGCCAUAUUUUUGUUCGAAAGAGCAAGUAGUUCCUUAACAUUGAUGAUCCAUUAUUGUCUACGAAAACCGCGAUUGGUUAACGGAAUUGUGUAAAGCAGCAAAAUACACAACAAGAGUAGAGCAAAACAUAUAGAAAUGCAUUAACCGGUACGUUUGUUUUAAAUACUGCAUCAGUGUACAAUAGAAUCCAGAGCAAUUGAAUACAAUGUUCAUUACAAUGAUUAGCAAAUGCACUAAUCCUUACAAACCCCGUCAACACACACACAGCAUUCUGAAAUAGUUCAUAAACAAUAGAAGAUUGUAGAUAUGCAAUAUAGCUUGAAGAUAGUUUUGUAUUAAUUGUGUACCACUUUUACUUUUAACAUUCCUUUUGCACAAGUAAAAACAACAAUACAACGGACACCAGAAACGCACAGAAUCCACGCACGUUCCCUACUACGACUAGAGAGCUACUAAAUGCUAGAUUGUUGCUGUGCCAUUCGUUUAUAAUUAAUCGUAUUAGUGCUUCUUUUGUAACAUCAACUCCGGAGAACACACCCAAACAGAUCAGCCAUGUUCAGUUAAGCAUUAUUAACUGGGACAAUUAAUAUUUACCUUUAACAAACCAUGUACUCUACUAAAACCGUGUGGUUAUAAAUGGAUUCGAGGAAUGAGUUACGAUCACAUAACAUAACAAAAUGCACGAGAAAAGUAUAAUGUUUAUCGAUGGAAUUUGUGGUAGCUAGUUUGAUGCUCUUACCACGUGCAAUGAGUUUUGCGAUAAGGUCAUACUGUGGCAGCAAGGAUCAGCAUAAAUUCAUCGUCAAAUAUGUAUGAUGUAGUACACAAUUCAAUGUUAGUUUUCCUACUUUGCCACAGUGGAAUAUAUAUUGUACCACAUUGAUAGUUUUAUGUAAAGUCCACAUUUAGCACCAAGAAAAUGUGUCCUGAUCGUACAUCACAUAUAUGGGAAUAUGAUACACAUCACAAAAUGGGCGAUCACAUAGAAUGUACCAUUCUAAGCGUAUGGACUAAGACAGAUUUUAAGUUGGGACGAUCCGAUCUUAUUCUCCUUAAAAUAUAAAAAAGCAGCAAUGCUUUUUCAGACACACAGAUGUAUGGUAUAGAUGAAGAUGUAACAUUAGUAGGAUAAUAGAGGCUCUAGUUCUUGAUUGUUUCAUGUUGUAGAGUACACUGAUUAGAAACAUUACAAUGUAUAGUAUGAAAACAUUACUAAACGCAGAACGCAGGAGUCGGAGAGAAAGUGAAAAUAUGCUUGUUUUUAGGAUUAAAAUUUGGUUUUCUUGUUUUUGGUCUAAAUUAUUCUGUUGUUUUUAUGUAAAGUGAGCGAAUUAAAAUUGUUUAAAACAGUUGGGUUAGACAACUUCCCCAACACGGUUAUUGGUUAGCGCAUUUCGUUAACAUGUUCCUUAUAAAUGAUAUCGUAUAUUUCAACCCGCGUUCUAAUGUAUGAUCGAUCCGAUUCAUACGCCCUAAGUUAUCAGUAUCUGAAGUAAUCUGAAGCUGAAAAGCAGAUCGUGUUUUCGUUUUGUUGAUAUUUGCAAAGAGCGCAAUUUGAAGAAGCGUUUUACGCUCGUUUUUCGCCUAUAGUAGAAGGUCUGUGAUGGUGAUGAUAAUGAAAAGCAUUAUAUAGGAUGUAAUCGGUGUGCACGCGUGACGUGUAGCAUUGUGCUACAAUUUACGAUCGGAACUGAUCAUAGCACAGUGCAGUUUAUUGUAAGCCAAGCCAUUCUACAUGAAUAUUUGAUUGGAAACGGUGGAGAUGGAGCAAAAAAAAACAGACACACAAUCGGUUAACGAGUUCAUAAACACAUUUUCAACCAUAUGGCAAAUGAAAUAACACAAAGGAAAAAAAUAAAAAAUAACAUCAAACAGUGUCGUACAAUGUAAUUGGCAUACACGCAGAUAAACAAUAAUGCAAAUCAUGUAUAAAACAUUUAUAUAUUUUUGAGAAAAUAUUCAUAUACUUAUACAUAAAGACAUGCGAAUGAAGAAGGAGGACGAAACAAGCAAAAAAAAGCAUCUAAAAAGAGAACCAAUGAAACAUAAGAAAAGUGUCGAAGUGAGGGGGCAAAAUCCAGUUACAUUGACAUAAUUCUACUGUUUUCGCAUUUCCGUCAACUAAUUCUUCAAUAAACAAAUCGAAUAAUGUAUGAAUGUUACAGAACAAAAGAGUAGGGGUUUCGGUUUGUGUUUAAAACUAUGCUACACAAGCAUCAUUGCAUUGAAAUAGUAUGAAUAUACAACUUGCAAUAGAAUUACAUUGUUACACAUUGUGCUUCAGUUUUUUCAACACUUAUGCAAAAGUAUAUUACAACUACACCGAUGAUACUACUUUGAUUAAUCACAAGCAUACAUAAAGCAGGAAAAACUAAAAAAAAUAUGCUGGAAAUCAAUGAAGCGAAACAUCUGGUUGACGAGAAACUGAACGUUCUCUAUCCCUUAUACCUAGCAGUAGCUGAAACAUGUAAAGGACACAACAAAAUAGAGAACUGUGAGCAGGAAAGAAAAGUGGAGAAAAACAUACACAAUAAACCUAUAUAUAUACCUUGUAUGCGAAAAGAAA